GAGCGCUUUGCUGUGAUAAACGCACUUAAUGGCUGCCUUGUCCCAGUGUUUGGUCUCUCUUUCCCGACCUUCUCGUACCUAACAUCCAAGCUUGACGACUAGUUCACUUCCACGACACGGUUUACGGUGAAUCUGCGUUUUGUUUUGCUAUUAGCCCUUCGCAUCACUCGUUGAUCAAUCUUGUCUCGGUCUUACGAUGGAUCAUCCGUACAUUACCGGUCACGACCAAGGUUGUGACUACGCGACGGGUGGCAGACGCCUCAGCAUCAACAUGAACAACUUCAACAACAUCACUGGCUUUCAACAGCAACAAAGCUUUCCUAGUCAAGGCAGCCCCUCUCCACUGAAUCGUUCACGUCAUGACUCGGUCAACUCUCAAAUGUCUCUUCAAGCAUUGCAAUUGUCAAGUGGGCAGCACCAGGCUGGAAGUCAGCCUUGUGGUCAGCAAUUGACCCCGCAUACCGGUAUUACCUGCCCAAUCCAGUCGACGCCUAUGUCUCGCGGAACGUCGCAUGCGUCUCAUCAUUCUUCGACGUCUUCAAGUCAGCAGUAUGGCGGCGACUCACACUUGAUAUCACAUCACUCAUUUCCGAAUUUCUACUCGCCACUUGGGACCAAUAUGCAACGCUCGCGAUCUGGAUAUUCUACCAAUUCCGCUAUGCAAAGCCAUCAGACAAGCCCUCAGUCUAGCGCACCUCAGAUGUAUCCUGCUCCCGCCAACCAAUACGACCCCCACUCGUCGAUUGAGCUUCUAGCAGAUUUUCCUAUCGCAACACAGCACAGCCCGACGAAUAACCUUCUACAUAACUUCAGCGUGGACUGUACUCUGAACGAGCCGAACGGUAUCGAUGGUUUUGGAAAUGGGGUGUUUGGUCACGAUUUAUCCGAUAACCUCAUGACACUCCUGGACUGCCAUUUUGGACACCAUAAUCGACCUCAUGGACUGGACAGUAAACCUUCUUAACUAGUUGGCUGUUUUGGACGGUAAGAAUCAACAGUCGACCUUUACGCCCGCCCCUCUCUUCGAUCCGUCGUGAACCAGGGUACGCAUUUUCGUGGUCAACAGGAAAUCCGUCCACAGUCACCUGUAUUGAGUUAGCCCACCACGCUACAGGAAGUUCUGCCGCUGUUGGAUUCAACAAAGUUUUAUCGCCUCGUGAGAUGAGUUUCCGGUGUCUCCAUGACAGUCACAGGAUCCGGCUCGAAAUACCAAGGAACACAUCUCAUCCAUGGCUACCUCCCAAGUUUUGUACAACAACACUGGCGCCCU